AUGAGUCGUCACAAUGACUUGGUACUAGCAGAUAUAACCAGAAGUCAAGUCGGCUCAAAUGCUGCUAAAAAUAAAAAACGUAUGGCUAAAAAUAGUGCGACAGUAAAGCAGGGGUACAACUUUUCGCCAUUAUCUGUGUCCACUGUUUCUGUUGAGGCUGUACUUGGCCGUACGGCCACUUUACCAUGCGACAUCGAACCUGAAGCCAAGGAUGACAGAGUUUACAUGGUUUUAUGGUUUCGCGAAAGUGCUGGCAAGCCACUUUAUAGCUUUGAUGUCAGGGGGAGAGCGUUUGAGAAAGCUUUAUAUUGGUCAGACACCAAUUCAUUUGGACCGCGCGCUUCUUUCAUUACGAGUAAGGAACCUGCAAAACUAACUGUCGACAAUAUACAAUUGGAUGACGAAGGUGUUUACAGAUGCCGAGUUGACUUCCAAAACUCUCCAACAAGAAAUCAUAGAAUCAAUUUAACGGUUAUUGUUCCUCCACAUCAAAUACUUGUUUAUGAUGCUUCCGGGCGUGAUGUCGCUGGUGCAGUAGGUCCAUUAGUUGAAGGCGAUAAUAUUGUGUUAACUUGUGAAGUGCGUGGAGGUCGUCCGGAACCAGUGGUUACCUGGCUCAACGGCACACAGCUUUUGGAGUCGGGUAGUGGUGUUUCUAUGGGAAGACAUGUAACAGUCAAUCGUCUGGAGGUACCCAAUAUAACACGAUCAGCAUUAAAUAAUACAUAUCGUUGUCAAGCUUCCAAUACAAAAUUGGUACCACCAGUGGAACGCAAUAUACGCAUCGAAAUGCUACUUAAGCCAACGUCAGUCAAUUUGACCAACAAACAAAAAGUUUUUUCAUCCGGAACACUUUAUAAUCUCACAUGUAUUGUAACCGGUUCAGUGCCAGAUACAGAAAUUCGAUGGACACAAAAUAAUAGACCAUUUAAACGAGGAACUCUUUCAACCUCACACAAUGGCAACCGAGUGCAAUCAACGUUAUCCUUUAAACCACAACCUGAAGAUGAUGGCACCAUGCUUAGAUGUGAAGGUUCAAAUCCUAGAUUACAAAACUCUGCAUUACAGGACGCUGUAAUGCUCAACGUAAUGUAUCCACCACAAGUGACAUUAUCAUUAGGCUCAACAUUGAAACCUGACGACAUAAAGGAAGGCGAUGAUGUUUACUUUGAGUGUCAUAUUAAAGCGAAUCCAAAGGAACAUCGCAUUACAUGGUCACAUGAUGGCGUACCAGUAUCACAAAAUGUAUCGUGGGGCGUUAUUAUAUCGACACGCUCACUUGUGUUGCAACGCGUUGGACGAGUACAUGCGGGAUUCUAUGCUUGUUCUGCAGCGAAUGAUCGUGGGGAAACCCAAAGUGCUUUGGUCAACUUAAGAAUAAGAUAUGCUCCUGUUUGUGGCACAAAUGCAGUUGUUGUUAUUGGUGCAUCACUUGAAGAAGCUGUUCCUAUACCAUGUCGUGUUAACUCAGAUCCACCAGAAAUUGAUUUCGAAUGGACAUUUUCAAGUAGUGGUGAACAUUUUGAAGUGCCGUCAGGACAUUAUGCCACUAUACAGGAGGCAACCACAACAGGCGAUAUACAUCGAACCAUUGUCGAGGCAAAUGACACACACUUCGAGACAUACGUUGAGACUGUAAGUGAGCUGAUAUAUACGCCAAAGGGUGAAAGGGAUUACGGUACAUUGGCGUGUUGGGGCCGAAACUCAAUUGGCAAACAAUCGGAGCCGUGCCUGUUUCAGGUUGUACCAGCAGCCAAACCUGGUGCUCUACGCAAUUGUACAUUGCGUCCAUACGUGGUAACGUCAGCAUCGCUCAAUUCAUCGAAUCAGACAACAAUGCACAGCAAUCAAAUAUUACCAACGCAAUAUGGACAUCAUGAAUCAAAUUUUCCACAUAUGGAAUAUGUACGUGAGCGACAUCCAAACAACAAUAGCAUCAAUAACAGCAAAAGCAAUAGCAAUAGCAACAGCAACAGCAACGGCAACAGCAACAGCAACGACAACGGAAAUAUUAAGAAUGAUAGCAACAGCUCCGGUAAUAAUGUUAGGCAUGGCACCAGCAUAAAUAACAACAGAAAAACUAAUAAUAAAAUCAACAAUGCUAAUCAACAACAUAAAAAAUCUGCCGACAACAAACAUAUCUACAACAACCAUUAA